UAUGUAAAUAUUAAUAUAAUAAUGACUACAAAUUUGUAAUAGCAGAAAAAUAAAUAAACGAAUUAAAAAUGGUACUAUUUACUUUUAAUAAACAUGUAAAAAUUGAAAACAUAACAUGAUACACUUAAUAAGAGUGUAGAUGAUUUAAAUUCUGCAGGAAUUAAACAUUUUAUUCAGAUACGUGCGUAUCACACGAACUGCCCUUCAUUGUGAUUUGUUACGACCUGCCUGAUUCACGGAACUAACAACGUGAUCGCUGAACUAUGUCCUCAUCAAGUGCAUAGAAAGAUGUAAAGAACAUUGUUAGUUGCAAUGAACGAGAAUAUACUACUGAAAGUUCUAAAUUAAUAUAGUCUUCCACAAUAUUUAUAGAUGAACUAUACUAAUAAUUACAUAAGUUUAUUAAUAAAUUCUUUCACUGCGGAUAACCAAUUAUUCAACGUAUUAUCGAGAUGUCAGAACAUGUUGAAUUACAACAUUUAGUUGAUGGUGACAUUGAAAACAAUAUCACAGCAAGACAAAAAAAAUUCUCUAUUUUAUUUUGUAAAUCGUGUCCCUAUCUUGGUUUAAUUUUAGCAACUUUAUCAUCAUUAUUUUUUUCAUUAUGCAGUGUUAUUGUAAAAGGUUUGGUAGAAGUAAAUCCAAUGGAAUUGGCAGCAUUUCGAUUUGUGGGUGUAUUACUACCUGCAAUACCAAUUGUGAUAUAUAAGGGAGAACAUCCAUUUCCAAAGGGGCGUAGGUUAAUGUUAAUAUUAAGGAGCUUUGUAGGGACCACUGGCCUCAUGUUAAGUUUCUAUGCAUUCAGACAUAUGCCAUUAGCUGAUGCAUCUGUCGUAGUAUUUUCUGUUCCCGUAUUUGUAGCUAUAUUUGCAAAAAUAUUUUUAAAAGAGCCUUGUGGGAUAUUUAACGUUAUUACAGUUUGCUUAACUUUAAUUGGAGUAAUUUUAAUAACACGUCCACCGCUUAUUUUCGGACAUACUAUAGAAUCUCUUUCAGACGGACAUGUAAAAACAGAACAUGCAGAUUUAUGGGGUGCUAUAGCAGCUUUCUCUGCAACUCUAUUUGGUGCGAAUGCGUAUGUUUUAUUAAGAGCUUUAAAAGGACUCCAUUUUUCAGUAAUAAUGACAAAUUUUGGAUCAUUUGCCUUGAUUCAAACGAUAAUUAUUUCUUGGGCUAUAGGUGCACUUUGCUUACCUCGGUGUGGAACUGAUAGACUUUUGGUUGUAGCACUAGCUCUUUUUAGUUUUGGAGGUCAAAUAUUACUAACGCUAGCUUUACAGUUGGAACAAGCAGGACCUGUUGCAAUAGCAAGGUCAGCAGAUAUAGUUUUUGCCUUUUUUUGGCAAGUUCUAUUUUUCAAUGAAAUACCAAACCGGUACUCAGUAGGGGGAGCAAUUUUAGUUACAAGUUCAGUUUUAUUGACUGGAUUAAGAAAAUGGGCGAUUUCUUUACCAGAAACAUCUAGUGUUAAAAAGUCUUUAGGAAUUUUGGUGAUGUAGAUUACAAAUUAUAAAAAAUAAAUUUCAAAACAUAGUAGAUUUCCAAAUACCUCUAGAGAGUUUCAUAAGGUUUUAAAUUCUAGUUGAUUGUUUUAAAGUAACAGUGAUUGUUUUGAAGAGAAUUUUAUAAAGAUAUAAAACAGAUAUUUAUUCAUAUUAGAUAUGCUAAAUUACUAUCUUCCUCAUCUAGUAUACAAUGACCAUUACUUAAUUUAUUUAAGAAUAUAUUUGAAAGUAAUAUAUAAAUAGAUGAUAUAUUUAAGUCAUAUAAAAUUACUUUCAAAAUUGUAUAAGUUGCUUACAACUUAUACCUGUGUGAAAGUGUAUCAAUAUAAAUACAUAAUUGAUUUAUGUAAUCAAUAAUAAUUAUUAAGAAUUAUAGGAUUACAUAAAAAACGAAUUACGAACAUGUUUUAUAUUAAUUUUCAUCCUUUUUGUUCUUUAUUCCAACAAAUAUAGUGAAUGCAAAAUUACUAUGAAACAUAAGAUAAAACACUACAUUGAUAGUUAUGUACAAACAUCAUUUCACAGAAAAAGAAUGAAUAUGAAACUUCAUUCUAUAAGAUUUAAAAUGAUUAAAUAAUAGAGUAUUUAUUACAUUAUUGUGUUAGGAUGCGCAAUUUGUACUUCUUAGUGUAAGUUACUGAAGCUUGAAUUUAUACAUAAUGUUUAAAAGAUUUUUGAAAAAUGUUCGUCUGUUGGAAUGUAAUCAUUGGGAUGUAACAGUGAUAUCCUUAUAGUCUUCUCUUUCAUGAAACAGCUUUGCUGCCUUCUGCUGUGGAUUACUUUCGAUUAUUAUGAAUUCUAGUCUAUUAUUCAGUAUUAUAAUAAUAUAAGAUUAGAAAUAAUUAUAAAUUUACAAAACACACAAAAUAAUGAAGCACUUUCUUACAUUUUACUACAAAAUUAAUUUUAUUACAUUUACAAAAGUUUAUUGUAUUAAUUUCUAUUCAGAUACUAAUAUCAUUAUUUGAUAAAAAUAAAAUACUGAAAACUGCAUAAAUAUUAAUGAAUAAUAU